AUGGUUUAUACGCUGCCUGGUGCGCGCCUGCCGGCUGUGCCGUCGGUGUUCAAGCUGGGGAGUGAGCGGCGGAGCUCGAAUGCUGAUAGGAGGAGUGACAAUCUCUGUUUUUUCCUGAAAAACAAGCCCAAUUCGCGAAAGAUUUUUUGUGGGAAGCGUUACGAACCUGAUUAUCAAUCUCCUAUGGCAACCACAUCUGAGAAAGUCCUUGUUCCAGGCAUUGAGAGUGAGAGCACCUCAUCUCCAUCAGAGAAAUUGGUUGUCCCUGAUGAAGUGUCAGAUAAUUCUAAGAUAUCAGGUGAUAUAGACAGCAUGGAAACUGAUCUAAGGAUGGAAAUUGAGGAUCAAGAAAAUUUGGUUGACCAGCGAACUCCUGUUGAUUCCAUUAGAAGCGAAAACUCUACCUUUGUGCAGCUACAAGAUGGACUUAGCGAAUCAGAAGAUGAAGGAACAUCAUACUCGACAUAUGAAACAAUAAGUGAUGAAUCUUCAAGGGUCAGAAAAAAGGUCAUCCCUCCACCUGGAAGUGGUCAAAGGAUAUACGAAAUAGAUCCACUUCUGAUCAAUUACCGUGAACAUCUCGAUUAUCGGUAUAGCCAGUAUAAAAAGCUACGUGAAGCAAUUGACAAGUAUGAAGGUGGACUAGAAAAAUUUUCUCGGGGUUAUGAGAAACUUGGUUUUAAUCGCAGUGAGACAGGUAUCACUUACAGGGAGUGGGCACCUGGAGCCAAGAGGGCAACGCUAAUUGGAGAUUUCAACAAUUGGAAUCCUAAUGCUGAUGUUAUGACUCGUGAUGAAUUUGGUGUCUGGGAGAUCUUUUUACCAAACAAUGCAGAUGGGUCUCCCGCUAUACCCCAUGGUUCCCGCGUAAAGAUUCGUAUGGAUACUCCAUCUGGCAUAAAAGACUCUAUUCCAGCUUGGAUCAAGUUUUCAGUUCAGGCGCCUAGCGAAAUUCCUUAUGAUGGAAUAUACUAUGAUCCUCCGGAAGAGGAAAAGUACAUUUUCAAACAUCCUCGUCCGAAGAAGCCAAAAUCACUACGGAUAUAUGAGUCUCAUGUUGGAAUGAGUAGUACGGAGCCAGUUAUCAAUACUUAUGCCAACUUCCGAGACGAAGUUCUGCCGCGUAUCAAGAAACUUGGGUAUAAUGCUGUUCAGAUAAUGGCAAUUCAGGAGCAUUCAUAUUAUGCCAGUUUUGGUUACCAUGUGACAAAUUUCUUUGCACCAAGCAGUCGCUUUGGAACUCCAGAUGAUCUUAAGUCUUUAAUAGAUAAAGCUCAUGAACUGGGCUUGAUUGUUCUCAUGGAUAUUGUACACAGUCACGCAUCAAAUAAUACUUUGGAUGGGCUGAACAUGUUUGAUGGUACCGACAGCGGUUAUUUUCACUCUGGACCACGGGGUUAUCAUUGGAUAUGGGACUCUCGUCUGUUUAACUACGGACAAUGGGAAGUUCUAAGAUUUCUUCUAUCUAAUGCGAGAUGGUGGUUGGAUGAGUAUAAGUUUGAUGGUUUCAGAUUUGAUGGUGUGACAUCAAUGAUGUAUGCACACCAUGGUUUACAGGUGGGAUUUACGGGGAACUACAACGAGUAUUUUGGAUUUGCAACGGAUGUGGAUGCUAUGGUGUACUUGAUGCUGGUUAAUGAUCUCAUUCACGGGCUGUUUCCUGAAGCGAUUACCAUUGGCGAAGAUGUUAGUGGCAUGCCAACUUUCUGUAUCCCUCUUCCUGAUGGUGGUGUUGGAUUUGACUACCGUCUGCACAUGGCAAUUGCUGAUAAAUGGAUUGAAAUUCUUAAACGAAGGGAUGAAGAUUGGAGAAUGGGAGAUAUUAUACACACUCUUACAAACAGAAGGUGGCUGGAAAAAUGUGUUUCCUAUGCAGAAAGUCAUGACCAAGCACUGGUCGGCGACAAAACUAUUGCAUUCUGGUUGAUGGAUAAGGAUAUGUAUGACUUCAUGGCAGUGGAUAGACCAUCAACUCCCUUAAUAGACCGGGGAAUAGCAUUACACAAGAUGAUCAGGCUCAUCACAAUGGGAUUAGGUGGAGAAGGAUACCUAAAUUUUAUGGGAAAUGAAUUUGGACAUCCUGAAUGGAUAGAUUUUCCUAGAGGAGAUCAACAUCUUCCUGAUGGCAGAAUCAUUCAGGGAAAUAAUAACAGUUAUGACAAGUGCAGGCGCAGAUUUGAUCUGGGCGAUGCAGAUUAUUUAAGAUAUCGUGGUAUGCAAGAGUUUGACCGAGCAAUGCAACAUCUUGAAGAAAAAUAUGGUUUCAUGACGUCAGAGCAUCAGUAUAUAUCAAGAAAGGAUGAAGGUGAUAGGAUAGUCGUAUUCGAGAGGGGGGACUUAGUCUUCGUCUUCAAUUUUCAUUGGAGCAAAAGUUUUUCAGAUUAUCGGGUAGGCUGCUUAAAGCCAGGAAAGUACAAGGUUGUUUUGGACUCGGAUCAUCCACUAUUUGGAGGCUUCAGUAGAAUCAAUCAUGAAGCAGAAUAUUUUACCACUGAAAGGGGGCAUGAUGACCGGCCUCGUUCGUUCCUAAUCUAUGCACCUUCUAGAACAGUGGUGGUCUAUGCCUUGACAGAAGAUGAACUUGAACCAGUUGAUGCUGAUGUGAACAGUAUUUAA